AUGGCGGCUACCGAGGAGCAGUGGGGAUUGGUGGAGAUGGUUCAGGCUCUCUACGAGGCUCCUGCUUACCAUCUUAUUUUGGAAGGAAUUCUGAUACUCUGGAUAAUCAGACUUCUUUUUUCUAAAAUGUACAAAUUAAAAGAACGAUCUGACCUUACACUCAAGGAAAAGGAAGAAUUAAUUGAAGAGUGGCAACUAGAACCUCUUGUUGUUCCUGUUUCCAAAGACCAUCCUGCUCUCAACUACAACAUCCUUUCAGGUCAAUGUGGACCUCCAAGUCACAAAAUUGUGGUGAAUGGAAAAAAGUGUGUAAACUUUGCCUCAUUUAAUUUUCUUGGAUUGUUGGAUAACCCUAGAGUAAAAGCAGCAGCUUUGACAUCUCUAAAGAAGUAUGGCGUAGGGACGUGCGGACCUCGAGGAUUUUAUGGCACAUUUGUACAGUCUCAGUUGUACCAUGAGAAUGACAGUCCUUCCAUGUCUUUCAGUUGUAGUAGAAGAUCUUACUGA